AUGAAAAUUGACAUCCAUAGUCAUAUUCUACCAAAAGAAUGGCCAGAUCUAAAAAAGAGAUUCGGCUAUGGAGGCUGGGUGCAGCUCCAACAUCACAGCAAGGGAGAAGCAAAGAUGCUGAAAGAUGGGAAGGUCUUCAGAGUGGUCCAAGAGAACUGCUGGGAUCCAGAGGUUCGUAUUAGAGAAAUGGACCAAACAGGGGUGACCGUGCAAGCUCUUUCCACAGUUCCUGUCAUGUUUAGUUACUGGGCCAAACCUCAGGACACUUUAGACCUGUGCCAGCUUUUAAACAAUGACCUAGCUGCCACCGUUGCGAAGCACCCCAAGAGGUUUGUGGGUCUGGGGACAUUGCCCAUGCAGGCCCCUGAGCUGGCCGUCAAGGAGAUGGAGCGCUGUGUCAAGGAGCUGGGUUUUCCCGGGGUCCAGAUUGGCUCCCACAUCAACGAGUGGGACCUGAAUGCACAGGAACUCUUCCCCGUCUACACAGUAGCUGAAAAGCUGAAUUGUUCCCUAUUUGUCCACCCCUGGGACAUGCAGAUGGACGGACGAAUGGCCAAAUACUGGCUCCCUUGGCUUGUAGGAAUGCCAGCAGAGACCACCAUGGCCAUCUGCUCCAUGAUCAUGGGAGGAGUGUUUGAGAAAUUUCCUAAACUCAAAGUGUGUUUUGCACAUGGAGGUGGUGCCUUCCCUUUCACAGUAGGAAGAAUUUCCCAUGGAUUCAACAUGCGCCCAGAUCUGUGUGCCCAGGACAAUCCAACCAACCCAAAGAAAUACCUAGGAUCCUUUUACACAGACUCCUUGGUUCACGACCCUCUGGCACUCAAACUGUUAACAGAUAUCAUAGGAAAGGACAAAGUCAUUUUGGGAACGGAUUACCCCUUUCCACUAGGAGAGCUAGAACCUGGGAAACUGAUAGAGUCCAUAGAAGAAUUUGAUGCAGAAACAAAGGAUAAACUCAAAGCUGGAAAUGCUCUAGCAUUUUUGGGUCUUGAGAGAAACCAAUUCGAAUGA